AUGGGUUUUGCGAUCUGGUUGGCCUUUGAAGGCAGGGCCGCAAUGUACGGAUCAUGGGUCUGCGCAGGUAUUAUAGUAAAAUCGUUGACGGAUGCUGUCAGGAGGGAAAGUUUCAUUGAUGGGAAAGCCUUUCGAAUUUGUUUUGGUUAUUCAUUUUGCUUUUGCAUUACUCUACUGAUAAUGGUCUGUGGUACAUUCAAAAAUUGCGAUCGGAAUAAAAUCAUGCUGUUGGACGGGCGUGUGCGGUCAUGGAAAUCAAACUUCCGUUGGCUUCUUAUCUCUUCCGGACCCGGUGUUCACUGUUUCCGGGGGAGAAUGUCGUUUUUUUUGGGACAUGAUGAAGACUUUAUUGUGAGGCAUGAUCGCCGGACCUUACCUUCUGCUGUGGCAAAGGGCCCACCCAUUUAUGUUUAA